GAGAGCAGCCAGAUUUCUAACUCCAAGAUGAAGCUCCAGGCAAAUCUUCCAGUCCCAUGACACUCCCUGUGCUUGGCAAAGAGGAUUGUGAUCAGCGUCAGGCACACAAGAAUCCCGAGGGCCCAGUGGAGCUGUGGGGGCACUGUAACCAGAUGUGGGUCUCCCCAGAUGUUUUUAAGGCUCUCCCUCACACUCCCUGUGCUACUUCUACCUGCAACUGCCAGAGCCCAACCAGGGGCUUCCUCAGUUCUCCUUUAGGAGCUACCUGGAUGACCAGCCCAUCGCUCGCUAUGACAGCCUCACCAGGAAGAUGGAGCCUCUGGUGCCCUGGAUGGAGGAGGUGGAGAAGGAGGCCUUUCUGGCCCCUGAAAGAGUCUUCAGGGCUGACCUGGAGAAGGUAUCAAAACUGGACCGCCGUGCUGGAGGGCUUCACACCUGGCAGGUGGUUUUGGGCUGUGAGCUCAGGGAAGAUGGGCGCAAAGGAGGAUUUUUGCAUUACGGCUACAAUGGGACAGACUUCAUCAGCUUCGACAAGGAGACCCUCAGAUGGGUGACAGCUCAGCCCCAGGCCCAGAAGGUCAAGGAGAAGUGGGAGGAGGAUCCAGGAUGGACAGAGAAAAUUAAAGUCUACCUGGAGGAGACCUGCAUUGAGGGGCUGCAGAGAUUCCUGCCCUACCAGAAGAAGUCUCCACAGAGGAUCGAGCCCCCAGUGGGGAAGGUGAAUUCCAAGGUGGUGGAUGACAGCCUGGAGAUCCUCAUCUGCCAAGCCUUUGGCUUCUACCCCAAGGAGAUCCAGGCCACCUGGAUGAAGGACAGAGAAGUCUGCCUAUAUGAGACCCUCCCAAGGAAUGUGGUCCCCAACUCAGACGGGACCAAUUAUGUUUGGCUCAGCAUUGAGAUCGACCCCAAGGAGAAAAACCAUUUUCAGUGUCACCUGGAGCAUGAGGGCUUGACCUUGGUGUUUGAUUUCAAGGACAAAACAGCUACAGGGUUGCGGAUUCCUGUGGAAAUUGUUACAGGCUUAAUCUCAGGAGCUGCGAUUCUCUUCCUGAUAGGCUGCUGGUGGAGAUUCAGGAAAAAAUGCCAUCAGGAAGAGACAACUUGCCCUGAUGAGGUUUCUCUAGAACUGCUUCCUUCUCCUCAGUCGUAGGUGAUGCUCCAUCCUAAAAUAACCUGAGGGACUCAAGGCGGCUUACAAAAUGACAACUUCAAUACAUUGAAUAAAUUAAUAUAUUUAUUGCUGGUUUAACACCUAGAGAUUACAGUGGCAAGAUACCAUGUAUCUAUUGAUGAGGUUAUGCACUAGUUGAUCUGUUUUUGACCUGCAAUAGAUGAAAAUCAGACCAUCGGCCUUCCUGCUGAAGGAUGCCUGUCCGUGAAGGUGAUGGAAGAGAUGCUGGUACCCAAGUGGCUUAAGGAUGCUUUCAGUGUAGGAAUAGUAUUGAUCAGGUCAACGUCUCCAAUAACUCCGAAGCUUUACUUGAACUUUAGCCGUAACUAUGAUUACACAAGAUGGACAGUUUUUAUGAUAUUGCUCUAAAUGAUUGGUGUAUGUGUGUUUUCAUGACUUGUUCAUGGCAAUUUGUGCUUUCCAAAACUGUAUAAAAGGGCGUCCUCUGUGGAGCAAGUGGGGGUCCCAUUUUAGAACUUGCUUCUUUAUAAAGAAAAGUCUUACACUUUUCCACCCAUCAGGUAUGGUUGUUGGGCUUGCAUGCCAGGGAAAGGAACUCCCAGAAUUUACUAGGGAGCCUCUGAGCUUUUAUGUUACAAAAAUAUGGCAAAAGAUCUUUAAAAAUAGUUGUUUAUUGAGAGAUUGGGCAAAAGGGCUUCCGGUUUGGUUUCUGCCGCCACCAGACGGUCUUUCGGGACCGCCAGCCUCGCCGCUUGUAAAGUGCCGUCUCUACAGCUGAGAGACAGCUCGAAAAACUCCAUCUCCUUAGGAGACAUGAGAUAGAGCUGGCGAGGACAGGUAGAGCCCUCUGUGAACUUCCUCUUGGGGAGGAAGCAGAAUGUGGCUCCCUAUACAGCUCGCCGUUGCUCCGGGCGUCGGGGGAACUCUGCCUCUUGCAGAGCCAGGCGAUGGGACCAAUCCAAUCAACAAAAUCUAACAGAUUGUCUGAAUAAAUAGGAUGAAAUCCGGACUUGGGACCCUAAAUCGCAAGUAUUUCUAACAAUUCUAUGAGUGAUUUUAAAAGUGAAGAAAGAAAGUUUUUUAAAUGGCGACUGGCUGAGGCUUGAGAAGAAGAAAGUUGAAAGCGAAAGUCCUUCCGUUUGAAUAGCUUAAUAUGCUACAAAGUAUCUGAAGCAAUAGCGCUGGCUAGAAUUGAAGAGAAAAAUUUCUAUUUUAAGUUUCUUCCUUCUUAGAGACUUGAUAUUGAUACUGUUUGGAGGAAAGUCCUUUUUUUUUUUAAAAAAAGAGUUUGUUUGUGGGGCAGGAUGGCGUUAAAACAGAUAAAGCCAGACAACCAAGCUGUGGGGGGGGGGGUUUUCCCCCAUCUACAAAUCAUAUGAGCAAGUUUUGAGCUUGCAGAUUCAGAAGAAUGGCUCUAAAGACCUAAAGGAAUUUGUUUUGGAGGAGAUGGCAAGACAUGAUGAGAUUGUGAACCAGAAUCUUGAAAAAAUCAGGCAGGAAAUUAAAGAGUUGGUACAACGAAAGUAUGAUAAUCUGAAAAAACAAAACAUCCCAUUUAGGUGGGAUGCUCCAGUUGGUAUAAUAUUUAUUUAUUUAUUUAUUUAUUUAUUUAUUUAUUUAUUUAUUUAUUUAUUUAUUUAUUUAUUGGUUCGACAGUUGGUAUAAUAUAUAUUUAUUUAUUUAUUUAUUUAUUUAUUUAUUUAUUUAUUUAUUUAUUUAUUUAUUGGUUCGAUUUAUAUGCCGCCCUUCUCCGGAGACUCAGGGCGGCUUACAAUGCAUUAAGCAUAUUGAGAUACCAAGGAGAAAGAUAUCAAUUAAAUACUGUUGAAAAAGCGGAAGAAUUUUACUACAAGGUUUUUAAAAUGGAUCCAACAUCUCCACGUAUGCCAUCAGUGUCAGGAACACAGGAGGGGAAUAAAGAAAAGCAAAAUGAACAAGAGAUUGAAACUCAGGCUAAGCAGAUGGAGAUGGAGGUUAUGGAAAAACAACAAGUUACAGAGGCCUUUUUGGACGAGCCGCUUUUGGAUUCUCCUUCAGAGGUUAUAGCUGGAUUACUUAUAAAUAUAAGAGAGGCGGCUUUGGAUUCUAAUGAGAUGUCUUAUCAAGUUACAGACCAGCAUGGAACUCAAUCAGCUGAUAUACAAGUCUUAGAAAGGCAACUAGGAUGGAGAUCUAAACCACAAAAAGUUAAGAAAAGAAGAAGCAGGUUCUACAAAACUAAAAUUUUUUAAACUAAACAACAGUCUAAUGCCAGUUAUUGAAGAGACGAUUAAAUAUAAUAAGUGGGAUUUAUAGAUGGCUGAUAUAUGAAAAUAUAAUUGAGGCAAAUUAUUGACUUAUAUUAUUUUGAGAAGACUAACAGAUCUCUGCAGUGCUGGUGCUUUUGGGAUGUGGAAGAUGGCCUCUGAUUGAGUGGAUUGGAACUUUCUAUUUUGGACUCUUUGAAAAAUGGAUUACGUAUAUGCUGAGUUAUAAGGCAAGAGAACUAUGGGAUUGGGGCAUGCAGAAGAUCUGGUUGUUACCCCAAUGUGGUGGUUGGAAUUAAUAAUCUAGAUAAAAGACACUACAGAAGAUACCAUAUGGAAUAUAAAUAUAAAGUCACUCAGGUGGUUUUUUAUAUACGAAAAUACUUACUAUUGAUGGGGGCAGAUGGUAAUGGAAGAUACUGAAUAUAUUGUUGGAAGCUGAACCUGAUGUUACCCUAACAUGGGCGAUGGAAUUAAUAAUCUAGUUGAAAGACGUUACAGAAGACACUAUAUGGAUUAUAAAUUUAAAGUCAUUUGAGGAUUUUAUUCAUAUAUGGAAAUAUUUUUUAGUUGUGUGGUGUGGGCAGAAGAACAAAUAUAUUAAAAAUAUUAUGUAUGGUAGACCUGUAGGAAAAUGGGUGGAGAUGGGUUAGGUUACUGAUUGUUUAGUUUAGGAAAAGGGAUGUUAUGUUUAGAUAUAAAUAUACGUAAAAGAUUUGAAUUAGGAGAUAUAUGCAUGGGGGAGGAAAUGGGUAGAUUAUGAGUUGAGUAAAUGUCAAAUUAGGAUUUAUUAUAUAGUUUUAUAGCUGAAGGUUGCUUUGAAAUGUAUAGUAUAGUGGGGAUAUAAUAACAAUGUUAGAAAGAAAUGGUUAGCAUGUAGGGGGUGGUGUAAAAGGAUGGUAAAAUAUUAUAUAAUUUGAUAUCAAUCUGGAUUUUAUUUUUGGAGAAGCCAUGGGGGGUGGGGAGGGUGAGGGGGGUUAGGGAGGAGGAGGGGAAAAAGGGGGGGGAAAUCUGUAUUUGAAAAACUUUUUCAAUAAAAAGAGAGAUUGGGCAAAAGGAUGUGUGGAGAACCAGUUUCCUGAGGAAGGAAGAUCUCAUUUAAGAACGCUCACUUAUUUAAAAGAGAAAAUGUUAAAGAAGGAGUCUAAUAAACAUGUGGGCCUGUUUUGCACUAUUAUUGUUGUAAUACAUCUAUCAGUAUUCAACAAGAGGGGACAACACUGUACAUGUAUGUGUAUUUUUGUCUUUUUUGAUGCACAAUUUUUUAAAAAAUGUUUUAUCUAGUUUUGUUUUCUCUUUGUAAGUCUUUUUUAAAGAAUCUAUUGUAAAGUUUUUGAAUGAAAUAAAAAUGUAAAGAACAACUUUAACAAA